CGAGGCGGCGGUCACGAGUCUCGUUUCCUUGGGUGACGUCUCUUCCCUGGCCCCACCUCCGGUUCUCGCUUUGUCUUUACUGGCACCGCAACCUUCUGACGUCAUUACUUUUCCCUGGAAGGCGUUGUGAGUGCAUUCCAGCUGAGAGUAACGGUCUCCGUUGUGUGACAGAGGAAUAAGAACAAUGUCUCUGUAUCCAUCUCUAGAAGACUUGAAAGUUGACCGAGUCAUUCAGGCUCAAACUGCCUUUGCAUCAAAUCCAGCAAUUUUAUCGGAGGCUUCAGCUUCAGCACCUUUAUCCCAGAAUGGAGGUUUGUAUCCUAAACUGUAUCCAGAGUUGGCCCAGUAUAUGGGUUUAAGCCUGAGUGAAGAUGAAAUCCACAAAAAUAUGUCUGUGGUGCCUGCAGAUGCACGCCAGCUAGCAAGACCAUCAGCUGUAAAUAACAUGGUGGCUCCAAUAAGUGGAAGUGAUCUUGGGAUCCGUAGAGCAGAAAUAAAACAAGGAAUCCGUGAAGUUAUCUUGUGUAAGGAUCAGGAUGGAAAAAUUGGUCUCCGCCUUAAAGCUAUUGACAAUGGUAUUUUUGUGCAACUUGUUCAAGUCAAUUCUCCAGCAUCUUUGGUUGGAUUAAAGUUUGGUGAUCAGAUUCUGCAAAUCAAUGGUGAAAACUGUGCUGGCUGGAGCUCAGACAAGUCCCAUAAAUUCCUCAAGCAAGUUUCUGGAGACAGAAUUUCCAUGGUUAUUAGGGACAGACCAUUUGAGCGCACUAUCACAAUGCACAAAGACAGCAACGGACAUGUUGGGUUUGUUUUCAAAAAUGGCAGAAUAACUUCCAUUGUCAAGGACAGCUCUGCUGCAAGGAAUGGCCUUCUCACAGAACACAAUCUCUGUGAGAUUAAUGGCCAGAAUGUCAUUGGAAUGAAGGAUUCCCAGGUUGCAGAAACGCUGUCCACUUCUGCAAAUGUGGUUACCCUCACUGUGAUGCCAUCUUACAUCUUUGAGCACAUGGUAAAGAGAAUGGCUUCAAGUGUUCUGAAGAACUUGAUGGAUCACUCUGUUCCUGAGGUGUAACAUACACGCGGUACCCUGAGCUAGGACUUAUUCUACAAUAAGCAGACAGCAAGGUCUUCUUUGAAGCAGGAUUCUUACUACUGCAUGUUAACCCUGGCAUUGUAUACCACAGCAAAACCUAUUGCAACUGAUUCUGUACAGUAUAUGUUAACACAUCUUUAAUAGGUAGAGCGCUGUGCAACUUUCAUUUAUUUGGCAAUCUGUUUACAAGCUGUCAUACCUUGUGCUGUACAAGCUGAAUGAUGGUCAAACUUUGUAUUUUGAUUACUAUUCAAAUUCACAAAACUGAAAUGUACCGCCAACUGAUUUCUGCCAUUCUGAUAUACCGCUGGUUUAGUAAAGAAAUGCACUAUUCUUACAUGUAACUAUCCGAGAAAAUGCUGUAAUUUUUUUAUUCUAUGUGAGAGCUAUUUUCCUAUGUAUGAAUCUUGUUUAACUUGCAUGCCAUCUUGCUUUAUAUAUGCUAUUUAUGCUACAGAUUAUUAAAGUGAUAACACAGUA